AUUCUGGCGCACCCACUUACUCCUACUUCCCCGCAUCAUGUGUGAUUGAAUCAUGUCACGGAUAGUAUGUCGUUGAUUGGAGUGGCUCAUAUGAAAUAGUCGGCGCUAAAUACUUGUUGUCGCGCAUGCCUUCGGUUGAUUCAUAUUGAACAAUUUUUCUCUCUAUGACAAUUGCAUAGUCGGCACCUCCUUCCUGCAUUCUGAUCAUACUACACGAGCUCCAGCUAAUUCGUUUUUCAACACUUCUGCAUUCGCCGUCAUGGUUAAGAAGAGAGUUCUCAUCAGCUACGGCGUAGACGUCGAUGCCGUAGCCGGUUGGCUUGGGUCGUACGGAGGCGAAGACUCAACGAGCGACAUCAGUAGAGGUAUAUUUGCUGGUACUAUCGGCGUGCAGCGUCUCCUGAAGCUUUUCAAGAAGUAUGACAUCAAGACAACAUGGUUCAUCCCAGGGCAUUCUCUAGAGACGUUCCCCGAGGAUAUGGCCGCUGUGCGAGAUGCGGGACACGAGAUCGGGCUUCAUGGUUACUCACACGAAAACCCCAAGGACAUGACAAUCGAACAACAAAAGGAUGUAUUGGACAAAACAUACAAGAUGCUAACGGAGUUCGCCGGCAAACCUCCUCGAGGUAGCGUUGCACCAUGGUGGGAAUGCAGUAAAGAAGGUGGGCAGCUUCUACUUGAUUAUGGCAUUGAGUAUGAUCACAGUUUCAGUCAUCAUGACUGUCAGGCCUAUUUCCUUAGGACGGGCGAUACUUGGACACCCAUCAAUUAUCAGAAGAAGGCCGAGGAGUGGAUGCGACCCCUGGAGUACGGCCAGCCAACCGGCCUCGUUGAGAUUCCAGCCUCAUGGUAUCUCGACGACCUACCGCCGAUGAUGUUUAUUAAGAAUGCGGCGAAUAGCCACGGAUUCGUCAACCCACGCGAUGUUGAAGACAUUUGGCGUGACCAGUUCGAUUAUUGUUACAGGGAGUAUGAUGAGUUUAUCUUCCCUAUCACAAUCCACCCAGACGUGUCAGGUCAUCCCCAGGUGUUAUUGAUGCAUGAGAGAUUACUUGAUCACUUCAAAAAGCACGAAGGGGUCGAGUUUGUGACUAUGGAACAGAUAUGUGACGACUUCAAAAGUAAAAAUAAGCCUGCGGCUGGGGCAAAACUGCCCGCAGAACCUGGCUUAAUUUUCAAGAAAUAGAUAGAAAAAUUCAAUGCAAACAAUACAAUCUGAAUUGAGCAUAUCUUACCGACGAUAUGAUAG